CGGGGCUUGGGCUCUGCGCGUGACAGCGAUCUGCAGCAAAACAUCUGCUUAAAAUCGUGUAGGUUUCCAGCGCCUGUCAAGAUCUCACUAACGAGAUUAGUCGUGGCUACGCCAUGAUCUCCGCUGUCCUCCUCCUCUGGACUGUGCCCUGUGUGGCAAACCACAUCCUCGGGGGCUUUGCCAAGGGAGCGCUGCAGGAAGGUCCCCAGCUGGCAUGCAGCCUGCCGGGACCCCCAGGGCCACCCGGCCCCCCCGGUGCACCCGGGGCUCCAGGGACGGUCGGCAGGAUGGGCUUCCCGGGCAAAGAUGGCAAGGACGGCAAGGACGGGGAUAAAGGCGAGCAUGGCGAUGAAGGUCCCCAAGGCAGAACAGGAAACCCCGGCAAGCCAGGACCGAAGGGGAAAGCAGGAGCUAUUGGCAAGGCAGGCCCACGAGGGCCCAAGGGUUUAAAGGGUAAUCCUGGAAAAAAUGGGGCACCAGGAAAGAAAGGGCCCAAAGGGAACAAGGGCGAGACCGGGAUGCCAGGGCCCUGCACCUGUAAUGCCAACAAAGCCAAGUCUGCCUUCUCUGUAGCAGUCUCAAAGAGCUACCCAAGGGAAAGGCUGCCCAUCAAAUUUGACAGGAUCCUGAUGAACGAGGGAGGACAUUACAAUGCUUCCAGUGGGAAAUUUAUAUGCAGCAUCCCAGGUAUUUACUACUUCACUUAUGAUAUCACUUUGGCCAACAAACAUUUGGCUAUUGGCUUGGUCCACAACGGGCAGUACCGGAUCAAGACUUUUGAUGCCAACACUGGGAACCAUGACGUUGCCUCUGGAUCAACCAUCCUUUCUCUGAAGCAGGAGGAUGAGGUAUGGCUGCAGAUCUUUUACUCAGAACAAAAUGGGCUCUUUUAUGAUCCCUACUGGACAGACAGCUUAUUUACUGGCUUCCUGAUAUAUCCUGAUCAAGAUUAUCUCAAUGAAAUAUAGGAUGAGAAACUAGCCUGUGGGGAAAAAAUAGGCAAUGCAUGAGACCUCAGUCCAGCAAAGUGUAGCCUGUACAUGGACAUGUGUGGGAUUAUCAUACGAUUCCACAUUUUUGGCGCUAACAGCCUGUCUUGGCUAUUUAGAUAUUUACUGGAUGUUAUCAACUAGUCCACAGGGUACCAGGACCAGUAGGACUCACCUUUAAACAGCCUCGUGAAUCUCUAAGUCUCGAAGCCACCCAUUAUGUUUUCCAUGAUGAUUCCAACACACCAUGGACAUGUAACUCAAAUACUGGUGCAGAAUGCUUUGGUUAUUAUAUUAUUAUUAUUAUAAAGCAUGGAAACCAACAACCAUUUCCCGAAUGCUGAGCUCAGAAGUGCCACUGAUGCUGGAGACUGUAUCACUGCACCUCCUCCCCCUACACUCCAUAAUAGCAAUAAUCCUUGUUAAUACAGACUUACACUUUACCAGCUACUUAGGAAGUUGUCGGCUGAAGUUAUAAAAGUGAGAGUAGCUUUCAGCCCCAUCAAAGCCGUACUAAUCAGCAAAGGCAUCUGGUCUAAAUAGGAAAUGACACAAAAGAGAGAUCUCAUUUUAAAGGUUAAAGGUAAGACUCCUCGUAAGACACAAGCUGUUGCACUGAGCACCACUGGCAUUUCUCAGAUUUCAGCCUCGAUAUACCAGCACUAGAGUCCUGCAUCUGGUUUCAGACAAGCGUUGGUAAGCUGUGACCAGAGCCUAAACGGGACUGUGCAUGCCAAAUACCUGUGGGCCUCCGAGCCACAGUGGAGGAUGAACUUUACAGAUAAGACUCAACUGUCAAAGACAGCAUGAACCUUCACUCCAGAAACAGAUUCAUUAACCCGCUUCCUUCACCCCUGCCAGCUUUUGCUGGAAGGAGAUACUUGUGGUGCUGCUGAGAUCCUCCUCAAGGGCUUAAUGCUACAGCUAGACCAUAUCUUACCGCUGCUUUGCUUUUUUGAUGUUGUAUGUCAAAUAUUACAGAUGCUCCACAAUCAAUAUUUUGGUUCUAACUGUACGGAAAAAAACCCUGGAAAG